ACCGGAGGCACGAUUGGGCACAGAGUGGCUGUUUUAUAGCCGGGAUCCUCGGUGACGUAUGGCUGCCUGCUCCUUGGCAGCUGUUUUUAUGGACCAGCAGGCAGAGCGAAAUUGACGCUGACAAGACUUUCGCAUCUUGGAAGGGACUGUCAUCCACUGUAGUGAAGAACAGAGCCUCUCAAUCAGGCGGGUGGAAAUAAGAGGCGGAGGGGAGUCCAAAAGGAAAGGAAGGGGAGGGAGCAAAGUGUGUGCUGGGGGGAGCGGGGCAGAGCAUUUUUGGUGGAUGGUAUGAAGCCAGCCAUGGAAACUGCAGCUGAGGAAAAUACUGAACAAAGCCAAGAGAGAAAAGUGAACAGCAGAGCUGAAAUGGAAAUUGGCAGGUACCACUGGAUGUACCCAGGCUCAAAGAACCACCAGUACCAUCCUGUGCCAACCCUGGGGGACAGGGCUGGCCGCUUGAGCAGUCCAGGCUGCUUUGAAUGCUGCAUCAAGUGUCUGGGAGGAGUCCCCUACGCCUCCCUGGUGGCUACCAUCCUCUGCUUCUCUGGAGUUGCCUUGUUCUGUGGCUGUGGGCAUGUGGCGCUCGCGGGCACCGUGGCCAUUCUGGAGCAGCACUUCUCCACCAACACCAGUGACCACGCCUUGCUGAGUGAGGUGAUACAACUGAUGCAGUAUGUCAUCUAUGGAAUUGCAUCCUUCUUUUUCUUGUAUGGGAUCAUUCUGUUGGCAGAAGGCUUUUACACCACAAGUGCAGUGAAAGAACUGCACGGAGAGUUUAAAACAACUGCCUGUGGCCGGUGCAUCAGUGGAAUGUUUGUUUUCCUCACCUAUGUACUUGGAGUGGCCUGGCUGGGCGUGUUUGGUUUCUCGGCGGUGCCCGUGUUUAUGUUCUACAACAUAUGGUCAACCUGUGAAGUCAUCAAGUCGCCGCAGACCAACGGGACCGCGGGUGUGGAGCAGAUCUGUGUGGAUAUCCGGCAAUAUGGUAUCAUUCCUUGGAAUGCUUUCCCAGGAAAAAUAUGUGGCUCCACCCUAGAGAACAUCUGCAACACAAAUGAGUUCUACAUGUCCUACCACCUGUUCAUUGUGGCCUGUGCAGGAGCUGGUGCCACCGUCAUUGCCCUGAUCCACUUCCUCAUGAUACUGUCUUCUAACUGGGCUUACUUAAAGGAUGCGAGCAAAAUGCAGGCUUACCAGGAUAUCAAAGCAAAGGAAGAACAGGAACUGCAAGAUAUCCAGUCUCGGUCAAAAGAGCAACUCAAUUCUUACACAUAAAUAUUUGCCAGAGUGUUUCGGCCGGCGAACUCACAGUUCUGACAAAUCAUCAGACAGCUGCUCUGCAGUACAGAUGUGUAUCCCAUCAAACUAACGUAGACGUACAAACACUUCACUGUCUGUCUCAAGCUGCCGGGAUGUAUCUCUAGGAAAACUUUCCAGUGGGUAAAUCUUUUUCUUUAGAAUAAAUAUUGGAGGUUUCACAUUAGCCAUUUUAAAAGGCAACACUUUGACAAAAUGAUUGCUCACCCUUUUGAAAUUUGUGGCAUGUUCACACUUACUACUAGAGCAAUUCUACCAAGACAGGCAAUGGGAAUACAUCAUACUCCUUAAUGGGGACCCGUGAUAGGCAAGCAUUAAGGGAUAUGACCUUAAAUUUAUAUUUGCCAUCUGUCCUCAGAUAAAUGUUAUCUAUAUAGGAAAUAAAAUGGAAUUGGUAUGAAGUUCCAUUUCUGACAGCUGACAUUUAUUAAACUUUGGCUCAUCGAAGAUAAUGAUUCUUACAAUUGUUGUUUUUUAAUUAGCUUUUUUCUCCCCCAAGCCCAGGACCCAUUAAUUUCCUGAGCUAAUCAGAAAUCUAUUUUUCAAUAAUGCUAAAAUGAGCUACAACAAUUCUGAAGCAGCUGGAUUCUGACUCAUUGACAAGCUUUCCAGAAUCAAUUUUAUAACAGAUUUCAUUUUAACAAAAUGAUAAUGACCCAGUUGUCAUCAUUCUUCUUGGGAAAUAAAUGUCAGCUCUGCCUUAAUGAGUAUUUGUUUUAAAUUUCUAAGAAUUUAUAUUUUAACCAGAGACCCAAAAACCCUUCACAGAAUUUUGUUCCAUAAAUGUUUUUAAUUAAGAAGUGUUACCUUAUUAAAAUGAUCACCAUUGUAAACCAUUUUUAAGUGGUCUGGAUAGUGAGUUUACAGUUUGAUACCAACUAUCUAAAACAUAAUUGCUAAUUGACCACAGACCUCUAACCUCCUACUUUUAUAGAGUUGAAUACCUAAUUUAAAUUAGGGUUGGUAUUUAUUUCAUUUUUUUUUUUCUUAUCUAAAUCUUAGUUUCCUGGAAUAAUAAUAAUAGUUUGAUGUUCAGCAAGAAAACUGUUUGAGUUUAAGCCAUUUUCAAAAGAAACUUGCCUUCUAUAUCAUUAUGUUCCAGAACAUUAAGUAACUGUAGGUACUGGGUAUUAGUGAUGGUAAACUUUGUGUUCUUUAUGAAAUGAUCCAUGUAACUGUGGAGUGCAUCAGUGCUUUUCAAAGGGGCUGCAUACUAUAUAGGGUUAACUAUGUAUAUUCAUGUUAAGAGUUAACUUGUGGUUUGGCUGUUUCCUGGAUUUUAAAACAUAUACAUGUGCAGAAAUGUAUUCAAAUGAAAGGAAGCAUACCUUUAUCAAGAUGCUAUUAAAAUUGAACAUCAAGUAUAAUAUUUCAUUUGGAUUCUUUGUUUUUUCGGUUAAUGCCUAAACAUGCCUAUUUGGAGUUGUUUUUUUUUUUUUUUUUAACUGGAAGAAGCUCUUUUCUGUGUAGAACAGUUGUUACAAAAUAGCUUAGUGUUUUGUUUUCCUGUUGCAUGACAGACUUAAAUAUUUUUUCCAGCAGUGGAGGUGCUGUUAGAGUCCAGUGUUCUAGAAAAGGCGUGUCUAAAGCCUAAUUUUCCUUUUCUAAUUCUGGUAGCUAUUACCAGGAAUUUUUGAAAGUUUUGUUUAAGUAGUCUAAUAUUUUUUAUGUAAAGAGCAUUAAAUUUUGCUAUGUAUAAAUUUUUGUAACCUAACAGUGAAUCAAUAUUUUCUAUCAGUGCCAAGGGCUUCCUGUAGUUCUAUUCAAGUGUUACAAUAAAUAUUUGUAGAUAAUAGUCAAUACUUGUGUAUGCUUAUUUUAAAGAUCUAUUUAGGUAGAAAUAGUUGUGGAUGUACUAUCACUAAUGAAAUAAAAUUAUAGCUUCAUUCGCUUGCCUUUUUACCAGA